ACUUCCCUGGGGGCGGAAGUGACGUAAACUGUAGGCGGAAAUGGAGCUACUGGCUGUUCUCUUUCAUUCGGAGAGCCUUUGCAAAUAGGAUGGAGGUGUCAGAAGCGCUCAGUGCGGAGUCUUUGCGGGAGCGGCUGUUGCGAGGCCUGGAAGCCGAGCAUGUGGAAGUAGAAGAUACAACUCCUGGACGCUGUGCAACAAGCUUCAAAGUCUUGGUAGUUUCCCCACGAUUCCGGGGGAAACCACUGCUCCAGAGGCACAGGCUGGUCAACGAAGUCUUAGCAGAGGAGCUGAAGCACAUCCAUGCCUUCGAACAGCGAACUCUGACGCCGGAACAGUGGGCCAAAGAGCAGGAAGCCAAGUGAGAGCUGCGACCUCCAUGGUCAGGAAAACCAGAAUAGCUCCUCGAGAGGAGGGAGAGACAGCAGUGGGAUGAAUGUAUGAGGGAGAUGUGGGACCCGUCCAGCACACUAGCCUGCCCCUCGACCCCGAGCAGCGGGGAGUGGUAGGAGGACUUGAAAUAAAGCAUGCAGUGGCAAAUAAAAAUGGUUCCCUGAGUA